AUGGCAGCAAAGAAGAACGGCGGCUCAAAACCUGUGAAAGGCAGCAGCCGCGCAAACACAUUUUCCAUCAUCGCGGUCCUCAUCGCCCUUUUUUCCGCCAUUGUUUACUAUAUGGAACAAAAUCUUCAAAGUUUCUAUGUUUUCGACACACAACAACUUCACGACCUUUCUAAGAGAGCAAUCGCAAACCAUGGAAACGACACUAAGGCUGUUGUUGCACAGAUCGUUGGCGAGCUCAGCCAGGGUCCUGCUGCUGAAUAUGUCAACCUGAACGAGGAAUGGGUCUUCAACAAUGCUGGAGGCGCAAUGGGUGCCAUGUACAUCAUCCACGCCAGUAUCACUGAGUACCUGAUUAUCUUUGGUACUGCCAUUGGAACCGAAGGACAUACUGGUCGCCACACUGCAGAUGACUACUUCCACAUUCUCAAGGGUACUCAGACUGCCUACUCACCUGCUGCCGGCCACUACGAGCCCGAGGUUUACCCCCAAGGCAGCGUACACCAUUUGCGUCGUGGUGAGGUCAAGCAGUACAAGAUGGACGACGCUUGCUUCGCUCUGGAGUACGCUCGUGGUUGGAUUCCUCCUAUGCUUGGUUUCGGUUUUGCCGAUGGUCUUACCAGCACUCUUGACUUCCCUACUCUCUGGCACACCACCAGGAUUACUGGCAGGGAAAUGUUGUCGAACAUGGCCAAGGGAAAGCUUUAG